AGCCGAAGAUGCGUCGCCUUUCUAGCUUCUUCCUUGAGGAGAUGGCCGCGGCGACUGUCAUGAUCCUGCUGGCGGCGCUCCUCCCGCCAUCCGCGCGAGGGCUCGACCGCGCCGACUUCCCGCCGGGGUUCCUCUUCGGCGUCGCGACGUCUGCUUACCAGAUCGAGGGCGCGUACCUGGAGGACGGCAAGGGCCUCAGCAACUGGGAUGUCUUCACCCACACACAGUCUAGGAAAAUCAAGGAUGGACGGAAUGGGGACAUAGCGGAUGAUCACUACCAUCGUUACAUGGAAGACGUGGAGAUAAUGCAUAAUUUGGGGGUCGACUCCUACAGGUUCUCAAUCUCAUGGUCGAGAAUCCUACCAAGAGGCCGGCUUGGGGGCGUUAAUUCAGCUGGAAUAGCUUUCUACGACCGCCUCAUCGCUGAACUCCUUCAGAAAGGGAUAGAGCCGUUCGUGACACUGCAUCACUUUGAAAUGCCGCAAGAACUGGAGACCCGGUACGGCGGUUGGCUGGGGGUUGGAAUCAGGGAGGAGUUCGGCUACUACGCGGACGUCUGCUUCAAGGCGUUCGGCAACCGGGUCAAGUUCUGGACGACCUUCAACGAGCCCAACCUGUUUGCCAAGUUGGCCUACAUGUUGGGCAACUACCCUCCCGCGCACUGCUCACCGCCAUUCGGGAAUUGCAACAGCGGGGACUCUCACCGGGAGCCCUACGUGGCGGCUCACAACAUGCUGUUGUCUCAUGCCGCCGCCGUGGACAACUACAAAAGGAACUAUCAGGCAACGCAAGGCGGAUCGAUCGGGAUUGUGAUCGCGAUGAAAUGGUAUGAGCCGCUGACCAACUCCACGGCGGAUAUCCUAGCUGCAAGACGGGCGUUGUCCUUUGAGGUGGACUGGUUUUUGGAACCGAUAUUCUUUGGUGACUAUCCCAGAGAAAUGCAUGAGAUGCUAUCAUCAAACUUACUAAAGUUCACCUCAGAAGAGAAGAGGCUACUACAGAAGAACAAGGCAGAUUUUAUCGGGAUAAAUCAUUACACUGCCAUAUAUGCCAAGGAUUGCAUCUCUUCCCCGUGCAACGUUGAGAAUUACGAGGGAAAUGCACUUGUCCAAGCUUUAGGUGAAAGAGACGGUGUGGCAAUUGGAAGACCAACUGCAUUGCAUGGUUACUAUGAUGUUCCGGAAGGUAUGGAGCUGAUCGUCAAGUAUGUGAAUCAGAGAUACAAGAACACACCUGUCUAUGUUACCGAAAAUGGCUACUCGCAGUUUAGUAACAACAGUAUGGAGGACUUGAUCAAUGACGUUGGAAGGGUGAAUUACCUGCAGGGUUAUCUCACAAGCAUCUCUUCAGCAGUCAGGAGAGGUGCAAACGUGAGUGGUUACUUCGUGUGGAGUCUCAUGGACAACUUCGAGUGGUUUUUUGGUUUCACAGUGAGGUUCGGGUUGUAUCACGUGGAUUUUGAAACGUGUGAGAGGACUCCAAAGAUGUCCGGGAAGUGGUACCGAGACUUCCUCACAUGCUCUAGGCCGGUUGACCAAGCGCGGACGCUGAGAGCAGAUUCAUGAUACUACUUGCAACCAUUAUAUUGUCUGAUCCAGCUACACCUGAAAUCAGCGACAGAGCCAGGAUUUCCUACAUGGCUGUGCAAAAUAAAAGAAAAAUAUUGCUGCACAACAAUGUAAGACAUAAAGAAGUUCAUAAUAAUAACAACAAAACUAUAAAUUA